AUGGAAGAAGAGAAUAAAAAAGAAUUGUAUAUUUGUAAUUUUGAAAGAGAAAAGGAAAUAGGAGCUUAUUUAAUGUUAACAAACACUUAUGCAAUUGUAGGAAGAAGUUCAAACGAUAAUUUUAUUAAUACACUGAGAGAAGUUUUAGAUAUUCCAAUUAUUGAAACAACUAUUGGUGGAAUUAAUACGGUUGGUUUAUUAUGUGCAGGAAAUAGACAUGGUUGUGUAGUAAGUGAUUUAUGUACAGAUCAAGAAUUAAUGCAUAUAAGAAAUUCACUACCAAAUGAAGUUGCAUUAAGAAAAGUUUCAGAUAAAAUUAACACACUUGGAAAUAACAUUCUAUGUAAUGAUCAUAAUGCAUUAAUUAAUCCAUUCUUUGAGAAUAUCAAGACAGUAGAAGAGACACUUAAAGUUAAAUGUUAUGCUAUGCCACUAGGUAAAUUUGAUAAUGUUGGAUCAUACGGUUCAAUGAAUUCAACAGGAUUGUUAUUACAUACAGAGAUUAGUAAAAGUGAACUUGAAGAGUUAUCUGAACUUCUUAGUAUGAAUGUAAGACCAACAACAGUCAAUAAGGGAAGUAAUUUUAUAGGUUCAGGUAUGGCCACAAAUGAUUAUGUAUGUUUCAUUUCUGAUAAAUCUACUAAAGUAGAAAUAACACUAGUCAAAUCAAUAUUAAACUUAAAAUCAACUAAUAUUGAUAAGAGAGUGAUUAUUGAAGAAAAGUUAAAUUAA